AUGGAGCAGAAGAGCGUGUUGUUUUCAGCGUUAGGCGUUGGUGUUGGGCUUGGUCUCGGGCUAGCGUCGGGUCAAGGUUUGGGUAAAUGGGCAAACGGCUCGGUUUCUGGAGAGGAUGGGCUUACGGGAGAAAAGAUUGAGCAAGAGUUGGUGAGGCAGAUUGUUGAUGGAAGAGAGAGUAGUGUCACUUUCGACGAGUUUCCUUAUUACCUUAGCGAGAAAACGAGGCUUUUAUUGACAAGUGCAGCUUAUGUUCACCUAAAGCAGUUUGAUAUCUCCAAGCAUACACGUAAUCUUGCACCUGCGAGUAAGGCUAUUCUACUGUCUGGACCUGCUGAAUUUUAUCAGCAGAUGCUUGCAAAAGCAUUGGCUCAUUAUUUUGAAUCGAAACUAUUGUUACUAGAUGUAACCGACUUCUCUAUUAAGAUGCAGAGCAAGUAUGGAUGCAGCAGGAAGGAACCUUCUCACAAGAGAUCUAUUUCUGAGAUGACACUGGACAAAAUGUCGAAUUUGAUGGGAUCUUUCUCUAUGCUCACACAAAAGGAAGACACAAGAGGAACCUUGCGUAGGCUCACUAGUGGCAACGAUCUGACCUCAAGGGGCUUUGAAAGUUCAAGUCAUCCUCCUCGCUUGAAGCGAAAUGCUUCUGCUGCUUCUGAUAUCAGUAGCAUAUCUUCCCGUUCUGCAAGUUCUGUUUCAGGUUCAAGCAAACGCAGUACAAACUUGUGUUUCGAUGAGAAACUUUUCCUUCAGUCACUUUACAAGGUCUUGGUUUCGGUUUCGGAAACCAAUCCUAUAAUAAUAUACCUAAGGGACGUUGAGAAGCUUAUUCAGUCAGAGAGGUUCUAUAAGUUGUUCCAGAGGCUCUUAUCCAAGCUUUCUGGUCCUGUUUUACUUCUCGGCUCAAGACUAUUAGAACCUGAAGAUGACUGCCAAGAAGUAGGAGAAGGCAUUUCUGCUUUGUUUCCUUACAACAUAGAGAUCAGACCACCAGAGGAUGAGUCUCAGCUCAUGAGCUGGAAAACAAGAUUCGAAGACGACAUGAAACUGAUACAGUUUCAGGACAACAAGAAUCACAUAGCUGAGGUUCUUGCCGCUAAUGAUCUAGAAUGUGAUGACUUAGGUUCCAUAUGCCAUGCGGAUACAAUGUUCCUGAGCAGCCACAUUGAGGAGAUUGUGGUUUCCGCAAUCUCUUACCAUUUGAUGAAUAAUAAAGAACCUGAAUACAAAAACGGCAGGCUUGUAAUAUCUUCCAACAGCUUGUCCCAUGGACUGAGUAUACUCCAGGAAGGUAACAGAUACCCUGAAGACUCCUUGAAGCUGGAAAGAAACACUGACUCCAAGGUACUCACAGUUUUACCAUGUGCUUUUGAAAUCUUAAAGGUGUCUGAAAUGUUACUGGCCCUGGUGCAGGGAGAAGAAGGUGAAGAGAUAGCAAAGAGUGAGCCCAAAUCUGAGACGGUUCCUGAAAACAAAAAUGACUUAGAAACAUCAAUUUCUACAGCAAAGAAUGAAUGUCCAUUGCCACCAAAAGCACCUGAGGUGGCUCCUGAUAAUGAAUUUGAGAAGCGGAUAAGACCAGAGGUUAUCCCAGCAAAUGAGAUUGGUGUGACGUUUGCUGAUAUAGGUUCACUAGAUGAAACCAAAGAAUCACUUCAAGAGCUUGUCAUGCUUCCUCUCCGUAGGCCUGACCUGUUCAAAGGUGGUCUCCUCAAGCCCUGCAGAGGAAUCCUCCUCUUUGGACCACCUGGUACAGGGAAAACCAUGAUGGCCAAAGCCAUUGCGAACGAAGCUGGAGCUAGUUUCAUAAACGUGUCCAUGUCCACAAUCACUUCAAAGUGGUUUGGAGAAGAUGAGAAGAAUGUUAGAGCUUUGUUCACCUUAGCAGCUAAAGUGUCUCCAACUAUAAUCUUUGUGGAUGAAGUUGAUAGUAUGUUGGGGCAGAGAACAAGAGUUGGAGAGCAUGAAGCUAUGAGGAAGAUUAAAAAUGAGUUCAUGACUCAUUGGGAUGGGCUUAUGUCGAGUUCCGGUGAUAGGAUUCUUGUUCUUGCUGCAACUAAUAGACCGUUUGAUCUAGAUGAAGCCAUCAUUAGGAGGUUUGAGCGAAGAAUCAUGGUUGGUCUUCCAUCGGUGGAGAGCAGAGAGAAGAUCUUGAGAACCUUAUUGUCAAAAGAGAAAACAGAGAAUCUUGAUUUCCAUGAGCUUGCACAGAUGACAGAUGGGUAUAGUGGAAGUGACCUCAAGAACUUUUGCACAACGGCUGCAUAUCGACCAGUGAGGGAGCUGAUAAAGCAGGAGUGCUUGAAGGACCAGGAGAGGAAGAAGAGAGAUGAAGCAGAGAAUCGUAGUGAAGAGGAAUCUGAAGAAAAAGAAGAAGCAUCUGAGGAGAGAGGCAUAACGCUAAGAAGUUUGAGCAUGGAAGACAUGAGAGUAGCUAAAAGCCAGGUUGCUGCUAGCUUUGCAGCAGAAGGAGCAGGAAUGAAUGAACUGAAGCAGUGGAAUGAUUUGUAUGGAGAAGGAGGCUCCAGAAAGAAGGAACAGCUCUCUUACUUCCUUUAA